GUCACGUUUUCUCCGUGGAAAAAGCACUUGUGUAGCUAAUCUGCAAAUUAAUGGCUGCUUCAAGUUUAAGACAAUGUGAAAUAGCAAUGGAGGAUGUUGGCUGGAGUUCAAGACAAGAUGAUCCAACAACUGGCGAGGGUGCUCAUGAGCACGCUGCAGGAGACACCGAGGCAGUCGACACACGCAUAGAUCCUAUACUAUAUAGGUAUGCAACAACGUAUAAACCAGGAGUAAUUUUUCAGUGUAUCUGCCUCUAUCAAAAGUUUAUACGGGCCAUGCCCACAAAGUAUUUUGCCGGAGCCACAUCUGCAAUACCUAUAUGUAAUAUUCCUGAAAAAAUAGUAGUGCUGGUCCAAAGUAGUGGAAACAAAGCAACCCCUGGUGGGAACACGGUGCUUCACCUUGCUGCAAGUACAGGCCAUGUGCAGCUUAUCAAACUAAUAGCCCAAAAUUUUCCGGGGCUUGUCCGCAAACAAAACGGUGAUCGAGAACUUCCUCUUCAUGUAGCCGCAUCCGCUGGCCAUCUAUCCGCAGUUCAUUGUUUAGUAGACACUCAAGGUGAUAUGUUUAAUGAAGAGGACCGGAGAGGCAACACUCCGUUGCAUGUCGCUGUGGAAAAUAAUCACCAAGAGGUGGCUAUGUUUUUGGUUGGCAAAGAUGGAUCCACGUCGCAUUCUAAAAAUAACUCCGGUAAAACUCCCUUAUGCAUAGCUGCUGAAGCUGCCAAUCUUGACCUCGUCGAAGCAAUGGUAGCCAAGACGCCAGCAGACGAUAAUUCUUUUUGGCAAGGAUCGAACGGCAGCUCAAUUCUUCGUGGGGUGAUCAUAUGGAGGAAAAAGGCAAGAGGUGGACUCAACAGCAAUGCAGUGUUCGUGUUAUCCUAUCUCAUCAAUCCAUUCUCUUUGCUGGUUGCCAUGCUCAUGUUAUCCUAUUUCUUCAGUCCAUUGUUUUUGCUGGUUGCCAUACUAUGGGCGAUGAAUUUUGAGUAUAUAUUUUCUCAAUGGUGGCUGCCCAGAACCAACGGAAAGAACUAUACAGAUCUCCUAGAGAAGAUAUUGGGCAAAAUGGAUUCAGCUCUCAUCAAUUCAACCGACCAAGAGUGGAUGAAUCAUCUUACCCUUGCGGCUUUUAUAGGUAAUUUUGUGGCGGUACGUGUCUUGUUAGACAAAUUUACUGGAUUGGCAUACAAAAAGGACGAAAAUCAGUUCCUUCCCAUACAUGUGGCGUCCAAAAAAGGCCAUCGCAGGGUUGUUGAAGAGUUUCUCAAACAUUGCCCAGACUUGAGGGAGGCAUGUGACGAUAAAGGCAGGAAUAUUCUUCAUGCUGCGGCCGCGCAUGGAAGAGAUAAUGUUGUCCGAUAUAUAAUUGGAAAGUGUGAUCUUCAGGUGCUUAGCAAGCAAAGAGAUAAAAGUGGAAAUACCCCUCUACACAUAGCCGUUCAAAACUGGCAUCCUAAGAUUGUCAAAAUUCUUUGCCUCUUCCAUGCGAGAGCCAAUUUAAAUAGUUUGAACGAUGCAGGCAUGACGGCAUUGGACCUUGCAGAGAAUACCGAGGUAGAUAAAGAGAUGUUGUUUCGGAGGAAACUGACACUUAUGGCCUUGAACUUGGCUAAUGCUCCACGGUCUGAAGAGCGAACAUCCGCCAAAGCAAAGCUAGUGACAGAGGAUUCUGUUCUGCAGUCCUUGCACAAUUCUGAUAACCUAAUGUUUUCGAAAGAGAGUGUCAAUAUUUUCCUAUUGGUGUCAACACUGGUCGUUGGUAUAACAUUUGUUCAAGGCUUCACAAUACCAGGUGGAUACAAUAGCUCUGGAAAUGAUGUAGGCACCCCAACUUUUCUUACGCAUAUCCUUUUUAAAAUUUUCUUGAUAUGCAAUACCAUGGCGAUGUGCGGCUCCAUUACUGCUUCAAUUGCCCUUAUGUGGGCACAAACGGAUGACCCUAAUAUAAUCCAUGUUGCCAUGAAAUUUACCUUACCGGUGCUAGGCAUGACGCUUACCAUGAUGUCCUUGUCAUUCCUGGCUGGUGUUGCACUGAUAGUGUAUAAUCUUAUAUGGCUUCGCAUCUUUGUUAUAGCCAUGGGAUUGUUCAUCACUGUCUUCAUAGUAGGGCUCCUUGCUCCUCUCAUAGAUGUUCCAGUUUCCUACGAAACUGGCCCCACACGCCGCGCCAUCUUAUUCUUUAGCUUUGAUCUAUUGAUGUUCGCAAGCAGAUAUAAUUUCGACGAUGAUUGGUCUAGUGGAUGGAGUCUGUAGAAUUUCAAUCAAAACUUAUGGUUAAAUGUUGAAGAGGGCACCACUCGUUUUCAGUUCAUAACAUUUCUGAUAUUAUCUCUGUUGGAAACACCUGUCAUCUGCUUUCUCUUUUCCAUGUUUGAAGGCCGUCUAUAUUCUGUCUUUUCCUCGUUUCCAAGCGGUCUAUAUUCCUUGUUUCUAGUAAGAAAUAUCAUGUAAUAUAUUUUGUAAUAUAUUUUUAUGUCAAAUCCCAUCAAAAGAGGGACAGGAAAUUAAUGUAGGGUUAAUUACUUAACCUACUGUUGUAUCUAUUGUACUGUAAAGUUUAUCAAUAGAAAUCAAUUCGAAACCAA